AAUUGGCGGGCUGAAUCCAUGGCUGGGUCGGGGGUCGAUCGCGCGCUGUUAACGGCGAGGUUAAGUGGUGAUUAUUCGAAAUUUCUAGCUGUUUGUACGCGCGGAAUUUCACAACGCGGAGAUUCGUUCCGGAAUUUCGAAAAUUCCGAGAGAGUAAAUAAUGUCGAACGCAAUUGUCGUGCUGAGUGAUUCCGACGAAGUUGGAAGCUCGUCCGACGACAACGAGGAAGACAAAAAAUCUGAAGAAGAAGAAGAAGAAGCAAACGAGGGUGCGACGAGCGACUUCGACUUCCCGGAAGUACCGUUCUGUCGCGAAACCGUCCGCGAGAUCUCGCGGAGCGAGGCGAAUUUUGUCGGUGCGAACGUAAACGACGACGUCCCGUCUGGCCUCAACGACUCGGAGGAUGACGACGAUCGAGUCGGAAAGAGUUCGCGACGGAAGGCGACGCUCAAGAAGAAGAACGGGACGGCGAUGAUGGAUGAACGAUCGAGGCGGCGGCAAGAGAAAGAUAGAGAAAAAGCGUUGAGGGCGAUUGAGAAAAAGAAAUCGAGAGACGUGAAACCUGGCGAGUGCAUGAAGUUCAUGGAGGUUGAGCUCGACUCAGGUAUAGACGCGUUUGUUUUUCACAAAGACAUUAAGAGCACGUUGCUAAAUGCUGAUGUUAAGUUUAACGUGAUCGCCCAAUUGAUUCCGAACAGUAUUACGUGGCGGAGAAACAUCGAGGAGAAUUACGUCGGUGAUGAUAACCAGGUGCGCGUGAGAAAGAGCUCGCAACCGGAGAAGCACGCGAUCGUGAUCUGGGACAGCUGUCAAACGGUGAGUCACGUGGCGGACGACACGUUUUGCGCGGUUGUGCGAAGCACUUGCGAUCUGAUACCGGAUCACACCGUGACUCUGGUUAUCUUCGGCACGGAGGAUUAUUUCGCGUAUCGAAAGAAACGGAAGUCGGCGCGAAAUCCCGGCGGGAAAGGAUCGCGAUGUAACAACAACGACGGUCGUUUUAAGACGUUGCCAGUUAUAUCCAGACAACAGCUCGAGUUGUGUCUGACCGAGAUUCAAUUGAAUUUGCGUUGCAACAGCAGAUCGAUCGAGAACGCGCAAGAUCUGGCGCUAAUGGUUUAUCAGUACACGAAGUCAAUUUCGGAGAUACCGUACAAAUCGAGAAAGGAGAGUCAAGAGAACAAAUUUGACUGGUACGCCACGGGUGAUAACAGAAACACGGUGCGCGUGGACAGGAACGGGAACGGAUUGAAGAGACUGUGGCAGCAACAGUUGUGCCAGUUCAAUUUGUGCGGUUUGGAAAUCGCAGAAGCGAUAUGCGCCGUUUAUCCAAGCCCGGCGCGACUUUUCAAGGCUUAUGAAAAUUGCACACCCGAAGAAGGAAUGAAUUUGUUAAAAGAUAUACCGAUUAGGAGAGCGGCAGGACCUCUCACAGCUGUGCGCAAAGUCGGUCCUGAAUUAAGCAAAAAGAUAUACAUAAUGUUUACGUCGGAAAACGGAGAUAAUCCACUCGAAUAAAAGACAAACAGUCAAGACAAGUGUGUUUACGAGAUUAAUCUGUAAUUUUAUUUAUAAUUUUCAUACUGUAAAUAUUUAAAAAAAUGCAUUGUACGAUAUAAUUGUAACAUAUUUACGGAACACAUUGUUGUUUCUUGGUGUAUCAACAUUAUUUUUUUUUACGUCUGCUCAUCAUUUUCAAGUUACACAUUUAAGCAGCGGAAAUUUUUGUACAUACGGAAGAUUAUUGAAAUGAUAUUAAACUGUGUUCAGUAUAUAACUAAUAAAUGAUUAUUCUAUUUUUCA